AUGCGGCUUCAUCGCUUGCUCGGCUCGCGCGCUCUCCACAGAAUUCCCAAGGCUCAAUCGCUUUUGCUCCACAUGAGCUUUCUACGCCUGCUUGCGAGGCCACAGUUUCUCGUCUCUAGGCCCAGUCAAAUACUAUGGCGUGCAAGGCCCAGGCCGACUUUUAAUCGAUCCAGCAACGUCCUAUUUUCCGUCGCCGCUAGCAGAUAUUUAUCGCAUCGCAAGGACUCUGCCCCAGAGAGAUCGGAAGGCACUUUCAACUCUGAAGCACAAAAGAAGGCUCCUCCUCCACAAAAAAUACCAUUCAAACAUGGUGAAGAAGAAAAGCCUUUGGCGGACCAAACCAAAAGUGCACCUAAGCUUUCUCCAGAACAGCCGAGCCCGAAAGUGGAAGAGAGGAAACCCAUCACGAAGGAGCAGCUUUUGGCGCGGGCAAACAAUGUGAUUUCCCGCUUAGGCGUUCGGUUCAAAUGGCUUCUCAAGAAAUCCAAUCGGCCCCUCAACACAGAUGAUUACCUGGCGUUGUUCUCAUGGUUAAUGGUGGGCAAUGCUCUUGUCUUGAUCCUAGGCACUACUACGUUUGUGCUGCUUCUUAUUUUCGUCUUCAAUACAGUGUUUGCUCAGGAAUUUGUUGCUCGCAAGUUGGGAGAAUUCAUCACCAAAAACUCAAACUUGACUGUCACAUUCGAGCAUGCAAUUGUUCCUGGGUGGUCUGACGGCAAGAUCUCCUUCAAAAAAUGCUUCGUGAGCAGAAGACCAAAACUAUCCAAGCGGUUCUUCAAGGGCUCUCAAGCAGAAGCCUUUGCGAAAAGUAUGGACAAAUCAGAUCGAAUGACAGAGGAAGCUGUGGACGAUGGCAAUUAUACGCAGUUUGAUCUUACCAUUGAAGAAGUCAACAUUUCCCUUUCAUUCAGUAAGUGGGUAAACGGUACUGGAAUCGUGGAUACAAUGGAAAUGAAGGGCAUUCGAGGUGUUGUGGAUAGGACUCAUGUUCAUUGGGACCCAGAUGAUGACGCUACCAAUUACAAGAAUGUCUACCAAGUGGGAGACUUCGAAUUCAACUCUUUCCGCAUGGAAGAUGUUCUCUUCACCUUGUUGCAGCCCAAUAAUUUCCGUCCAUUUGAAGUUGCCAUCUACAAUUGUGAGUUGGCUCGUCUCCGUAAACACUGGCUCUUCUAUGAUUUUUUGAACGCCAACAACAUGAGCGGUGCUUACGACAACGCACUUUUCACUGUCCAUAAAAGACAACGUUUGAACGAUUUUGAAGAAGUAAACAAUGACCAGAAGGCUUCAGCGAAACAGCUUUACAAGCGAGUGAAUAGACUCAGGGUGGAUUCUCUCAAUAUCGAUCAUCUCAACACAGGUUUGGAAGGGCCAUUUGGUUGGAUCUCUUCUGGAAAGGUCGAUAUGAUUGGAGACGUGAUGGUGCCUGAAGAUGUGAAGGAGCUCAAUGUAUCAGAGAUUGUGGGUAUCAUUGCAGCCUCGAUUCAAAAAGAAGCUACCAGAUACCGCAAUCCAGAAGUCAACCAAAAGAAACAAGACCACUUUACCCGUUUAACUAACGACAAUACUACUUCUAGUGAUGUUCUGAAGUAUCUUGUUCUUGACUUGACUAUCCGUUUAAAUAAUGUUCGUGCGCUGGUUCCAUUCAAAGCCCCCGAACUCAGCUACGUGAACUAUGCGCUCAUAAGGCCAAUUGUGGCGUACAUCAACCUGAGAAAUGCGUUCAUUGAAGUGACUAGUCGUGUGGUGAAAAACAUCAAGGACUUUAGUGGAUCUUGGACCAUUUACGACUCUUUGUUGAUGGACGACAUAUCGGAAGAAGUUUACGACAGUUUCGUCGAUUACGUUGCUGACGACGAAGCGAGACUUGUCAGAAUGAGAAAAGUUGCCUUCUGGUCUAUCCAGUUGCUUGUGCAAGUGAUUGUAUUCGGGCUUGGUGCUUUAGCAUGA